AAUCACACAGGAAAAAGAAAACGAAGUUAACGUUUGUAGCUUGUAGCCUAGCUAUGAAAACCUGCCACAGCAAAACAUAGCUAGUGCCCACAGUUAACUGUAUAUAUAGCUAAUUUAGUAGAGCUGUUAACCAUAACCGGAUCAAAUGAUUUGUGAGACUGUGCAGCCAUGGGUGACAUGAAAACCCCAGAUUUUGAUGAUCUUCUGGCAGCCUUUGACAUCCCAGAUGCCACAGGGUUGGAUGCCAAAGAGCCCAUCCAGGGGAGUCAUGAGGAGACAGAGAGUCAGCUGAAACACACAGGGAUAUGUCUGGAGGACAGCUUAUUAAAUAACCAAGCUGUCACAACAGCAGAUAUUCCUGCUGUAAGUGUUAUUGUGAAAAACACAAGUCGCCAGGAGUCGUUGGAAGGUUUUGAACAAGCAUUACAAAAUGGAUUCAAUGGACAAGAGACAUCCAUUGACCCUGUUGAGAUAACCAACGCUGGCUUUUCCAAAUCAUUUGUAUCUGCUUUAAACGGGGGGAGUUCAAGAGAGCUCCUUGGAAAGGCACCAAUUCAACACAAACCUGAUGGAACACCAAUAUUUUCCCAGUCACUUUCUCAUUUUAGUCCCAUCUCCAGUCCUGAGUCUGAAGACACUCAGUGUAGUACAGAUGAAAUGUAUCCAAAACAAGAGACACCCUGUUUCUCAGAAGCUUCAGAUUUGGUUGAACCUUCACUCCCAGAAAAUCCCCAAAAACUGGACUUCAACAUGUUUGAUGACUGUCCAAAGGACUCUGAUAUUCCCCAAAACACUUGGAGUAGAGAAGAAAGUAGUAGAAGCGAGAAGUCCUUUGACAUAGAUACACCUAGAUUACACAGUGCACUUCCCCCACCAAGCGGUAACCAGAACUUUGAGACCAACUGCAAUUUAGGAACCACAAUGGAUGUUCCCACUUCUUGUCCACAUGUCAAAUCUGAUACAUCUAAAUUAUCCUCUUGUCUUGAGGCUUUGGUGGCUCUGAAUGCUAGAAACGAUCCCAGUGAGCAGAUUAAUCCCAGAGAGUCACCAGCGGUUCGAAAUGACUGCAUGAAAGCAAGCCCCAACGUGCCUAUAUCCCCACGAAGCCCCAGAAGUCCACUUGAAGCUGUGAAACGUUUAAUGAAACCCUCUAAUAGUCCUGGAAGCAUUUGCAGUGAUAGUAGUGGCAAAGCAUCCCCCGCAGUGGCAACUGGGUCACCCCCUGCCAUACCCAGGGUCAGAAUUAAAACCAUUAAAACCACAUCUGGGCAGAUCAAGCGAACAGUCACCAGUGUGCUGCCUGAUUCAGAAACAGAAGUUCAUUCUGCAUAUGAAUCCUCUCCAUCGCAGAGUAUGAUUAGUGAAGAUUCUUACUGUAAUAUGUCUCCUCAUCAGUCUCAAAAUGUGUCUGUUGAUAGCAUUGUUGAAGUUCAAACUAAAGGCACCCCAGCUAGUACAUGUUCACCCAAGGUUUUACGCAACAAAUCAGAGGUUAACUCCAGGAAGUCAGGAACAGUAACGCAGUUCGCAACAGUGUUCCAUAAUACUAGUAGUCCUGUCAAACGAUCUGCUGCACAUCAGAUGCAGAAACCGAAGAAAGGAUCAGCCACAACAGGCCAUACAACUAGCACCAACUUCCUUCCCAAAGCGAUGCACUUAGCUAGUCUGAACCUGGUCCCUCACAGUGUUGCCGCUUCAGUAGCUGCGCGGUCCACCUCUCAUCAACAAAGCCAACACACGCUCUCAUCUACGGUGUGCAGCACCGUCCCACUGGUGCAUCAGGUCAAAACAGCCAACCCUUAUCCCCGUACGUCAAUUCCCAACACAGCAGCAGGAACCCUAAACAGACUGUUGAACAAUGCCAACCCUGUGCCUACAUAUGUGCCCAACCUGAACCCCCCUCCGGAGAGCAAUAUCAACCUACCACCACGCGGAUACUGCUGCCUCGAGUGUGGGGACUCUUUUGGGGUGGAGAGGAGUCUUGCAUAUCAUUACAGCCGGAGAAGUGUUCACAUUGAAGUGGGAUGCACACACUGUGCAAAGACGAUGGUGUUCUUCAACAAGUGUGCCUUGUUGGCACAUGCACGGGAGCACAAGAACAAUGGCAUGGUGAUGCAGUGCACGCAGCUCCAUAUGAAACCAAUAGCAGAGGAACAAAUGUUUGUACCCCUGAGUGCUGUGAACAUGGACUCUUACACUUCACCCUUACCUAAAAGCCAACCUGUCCUGCCCCUAUAUCCAGACAAUGCCAAUCGCCACCGACUCUGUUGCCUGGAGUGUAACAAGCAGUUAUCUGACUACAAAGCACUUGCAGGCCAUUACCAGAGGCCGUCUGAUGAUGAUGUCGAAGGACUCAUGUGUAAGGUGUGCUCAAUGUUGUUACCCAACAAAUGCAGCUUCAGAGCUCACCAACGCAUUCACGCACACAAGUCCCCUUACUGCUGUCCUGAGUGUGGUGCCCUGAGUCGUUCUGCAGACAUACAAAAGCAUGUCAAGGAAAACUGUCUACACUACGCUCGCAAGGCUUGGUACAAAUGUCUUCACUGCGAUAUGGUUUUCAAGACCCUUCAAGGACAAAAGACUCACAUUGAGGAGAAACACUGUCAAGUCUUUUACAGGUGCUCCAUCUGUCCAGUUGCCUUCAAGACUUCUCACAGCUGUGAAGUGCAUUUAAAAAACAAACACAGUGCAAGCAAAAUAUCCCCUCUGUUAAUAUUUAAGUGUUCGUGUGAGACAGUUUUCAAGAAAAAGCAGUUACUGUUUCAGCAUUUCCAUCAGAAUGCCAACAAGCGUGUUACGUGUGUCUUCAAGUGUCCAGAAUGCAACUCUGUCUUUUCACAAAAGAAGCUGUUAAUGCAGCACUUCAAGGGUGUUCAUGUAGGAAACACAACAGCAGAGACUGAGGAGAAAAGUAAACAAACCGACAAUCCUGACUGGAACCAGGAUUCUCAUUCUGUCCAACAACCGAUGAGUCAAAGCCCUGUUAAACACACAGAUAGUCCCAGAAAAAAGGCUGAGCAGGACAAAAGACCUCGUGUGAAGCCCACCGGCUGGACGUGUGGGGAGUGUCUCCAGUGGUUCCCUGAACGAGACUCCUAUGUUUCUCACGUGAAGACCAACCACGGAAGGUCAGUGAAGAAGUAUCCAUGUCGACAUUGUGAGCAGUCUUUCAACUCUACAAACAGUCUGAGAAGACAUCUUCGCAAUGACCACGAUGGAAAAAAGAAAAUUUACACUUGCUGGUAUUGCACAGAUACAAAGACAAUAUUCACGACGAGUGUGAUGUUGAAGAACCACAUCAGUCUAAUGCAUGGAAUCAAAAAUCCUGAUCUUGGCCAAAUGUCGAAAACAGCGAUCCAAGAAUCAAAAAAGGCUUUGGGCAAGGGGCAUGUAUCAGAAAGACCUGCGGUGGACACACAGGAGGAGGGCCAGAAUUGCACUUUUAGUCUUGAGUCUCCUCCAGCGAAACGUCUGAAAACUCAGUUACGCUGUUCAAAAUGUGGUUUCGUCACAGAGGACAGUGCACAGUUCCAGCAGCAUAUACCACAGCAUAAAACUGAUGAAAACACUCCUCAGUGCCUUCACUGUGGCUUGUGUUUCACAUCUGUGCUGUCUCUCAACAGACAUCUUUUCAUUGUACACAAAGUCAAAGAUCCUGAGGAAGGCGAUAAAGAAGGAGCGGAGGACGGGGCUGACGUGAGGGAGAACGAGCAGGUUAAUCACCCAGUUAGAUCGGCAGAUACCGAUGAGGUCAAUGACUUGUUACCAGAGCUAAAUGAACCUGAGCUCCAUCAGGCUGGAGAGCCAGCAAGUCGGCACUGUGGCAAGACCUCAGACUGUAAUUUAAAACUGAGCACUCCCUCUCAGACACAAGCAGUCUCUCUCCGGUAGUGACACCUCUUUAAAGCUGCUUUAAUAUCUUCAGUUUUCAUGUGAAAGUAACGGGGGGAUGCUUGAUGUUCUACCUGGAAGUGUUUGGGCCUUUCAUUUUCUCUCAAGUUAUUCAGAGGCCGUGCAGUAUAUUCAAGCAGAUCCUUAACAUUUAAUGAAUACCAGUAUUUUUCAUAAAUGAAAAUCACAUAAAUAUACAUUUUUCAGUUAUUUUUAUUUACCUUUGCAUGCUAAUAUAUUCAUCUUGCCUUUGAGAUAUACUGUAACUGCACACAUAUUACAGCUGAAGCUUUUUCUUUCUUUUUUUUUACCCAAAUGUUCCAUCCGCCCUGACAAGAGACUCAGGAAUGUCUUUUAGUGUUUAGGUCUGGUGUACAUUGAUGUAAUAGUGAAGAGGUGGCUUUUGUCUUUAAAGUCAACGUUUUUUUGUUUUUUUUAAUUGCUUGAAUUUUGUCUGAAGUAUUUAAUGCUACACACUAUUACCUGAAUAUGUUUCAGGUUGCCAUUUUGAUGACAUUACUGUGUUGCAAUUUAUUUGCAGUACAAUGCUAGAGUUAUAGUUGCCAUUUAUUUCAAAACAUACUAUAUAGUUUGGUAUUCAUUUAAAGACGGAUUUCUGCAUUCUUGGUGAACAGUUAUUCAUAAAACUAUCCUGUGAGAUUAAAUACAGGUGAGUUUCCUUGCUAAGCAAAGUCUACCAAAGUUAGGCUACACAUAAGAACGAGACUUUCUUUUUACUAUUUAAGCAUUCUGAAAUGCUUUUGUCUCUAUGUUUAUUGGAUGGGUUUGAUUUGUGGGUGCAUGUUGUCCCAGAUCUGGCCUUUUUUUUUUGUGAUCUUUCUUUCUUUUUUUUGUUGAAUGAGUGUUAAUGGGAAACAUGGAGAGGUAUUGAAUGUGCGGUGCAGCAGUAUUGAAAAUACCUCAAAUUGCCAGAAGUGUAUUUUUCAGGCAAGUUAACAGUCGAUGUAAUGUCAAAUCAGGGUACAUUGUUUUGGAUAAUCCAGAGCAGGUGUGAAAGUGAAGUUUGGUGGCAUAUCGGAGAUAGUGUUUUAUGAACCAGGACCUGUUAACAUGAGGAUAAUAAUACUAGUAGUUUGUUGGAAUUUGUUAAAUCCAUGAGGACUUCAAAGGAAAGAAAUCUUAGAUCAUAGGGCACUUCUUGUUUGUAUGUCCUGAUUUGUAAAGCAGCACCUCUUGUUUUGUAUCUAAUACAUGACAGUUCCUACCUCCAUGGUGGAUGGCAGUGAUUGUUAAGUGACAAAGGACUUUAAGGAGUGGCAGGUAAUCUCAGUGCAAUGUAAAAAUGAGUUUAUAAAAUGUGUCUUAUCCCACAUUAUUAAAUUUUAUAAAUUAUUUUGGGUAUAAUAUUAAAGCUAUAUGGUCAUAUUGACUUAACUAGCAAGUGAACUUUUCUAUUUAAGUGCUAUGUGAGUUCUUUAUUCCUCUGAUCUUAAAUCCCUAAUUUACGACAUUUUUCAGCUGUUAAACUGCAGAAGCUGAAAAGAAUGACUUGUUCACAACUUGUUCUUUUGUAAUGCUUAUUGCAAGAUAUUUGUACUUUUGAUACUGUGUACAGCGAGGACUUGUAUAGGAAAGUUACCGUGUACAUACAGUGGCUAGUGAACCCUGGAUUCACAGCACUACUUAAGCCAUUACAUCUGUUCAGCAUGCAGUGGCCCAUGUGCCUUGCUGUAAUGUUUACGUCAAAGUACUUACAAAUAAAUAGGUGCAUUUAUUAUA